CAAUAAUUGUUGUACAUAAACGAAUAGGUUGAUCAAUAAACAUCCUGGCAUAAGGCCAAAAACCAUAUAAAAGACAAUUGUUACUCCGAGACUAUUUUAGUUUUUCCUCUAGUUGUUUGAAACACGUCGAAGAAAAAAUGAUUCGACUCAGUUCUUUGUUUUGCUUGCUAGUGGUAGUUUUCUUCGUUCAUGGACAAAAGUACCAGUCCAAAUAUGACAAUAUAGACGUUGACUCGAUCUUGACAAACAGACGAGUACUCAAGAGUUAUUUGCGGUGUAUUUUGGAUGAGGGGCCUUGCCCACCUCCAGCAAGAGAAGUCCGAAUGUAUAUCCCUGAGGCUAUAACCAAUAAUUGUGCCAAAUGUACAGACCAACAGAUCAAGAUAGUAAAGAAGACAUCUAAGUUUAUCUUGAAGAAUAAUCCAGAUGACUGGGAAAGGAUAAGCAGGAAAUUCGACCCUGACCGAAAAUACAAAGACAAUUUCUUAAGAUUCAUAAACACGCAGUGAUAUUAUAACUUACAGAAAAAAAUGUUCGUG